AGAUGUAGUAUCACAACAAACAGAGUCUUUUCAUGGACUUGGUUGCAAAUUUAUUAAGGAAGAAAUUCAACAAUAUUCAAAAAUAUUUGAUGUUUUCAACGACUGUUGAUGGGCAAUAUAGAAUUUUCGUGUCCCUGUUUCGGUCCCAAGAAAUUUUGAUUUUUGGCGCCCUGUUUCGCUUUGAAAGUCUGUUCUACCCAGCUGAUAUGUCAAAGAGUGGUUUCCAAGGAAAAGAGCCUUGGAAGGCCAACUCCAAGUUCUCAAAGUUUCUGCAUACUUGCAUUGCGUUUUUUCUUGUUCUAUGGGUCUUCUCUUCAUUUUCCUUAGAGCCAACGUUUUCUUACAGAGGAGGCACUGACCUACUCUCCUUCUCUGAAACGAAGAGCAGUCCUAUUCGGAUACCAAAUAUAAUCCAUCAAAGUUGGAAAAAUAACGAGGUACCAGCAAGAUAUAAAAGAUGGAUACAAAGUUGGAAAGAGCUGCAUCCAAACUGGAGAUAUAUUUUAUGGACAGACCACACUAACAGAAAACUUGUUCUGCGACAGUUUCCUUGGUUAAUUGAUAUAUACGACAGUCUGCCAGUAAAUAUUGCACGUGCAGAUAUAUCUAGAUUCCUUUAUAUGUAUUCAUAUGGUGGUGUCUAUGUUGACUUAGACUUUCGUGCUCUUAGACGCUUUGACACUCUUCUUGAAAACAAAUGCGUUGUUCUCGGAAUGAUGGAGAAUAACUUUCGUCUUGACGACGCUAUCCCAAACGCUAUUAUGGCAAGUGUUCCUGGACACCCCUUUUGGCUUUUAUGUGUAAGAAAAGUUAUAGAUCGACACUUCCUCGGAUUUCGGGGAACUGAGACUAACUUCAGUGGUUCAUUUGUUUUAAAGGAGGCAUAUCAAGAUUGGUGCAGGAUUCACAACAACACAGAGUUCAAAGACGCGAGCAAUCGAAGUAAAAGUUUGGAUACUGGCGGAGAGUCUUCACAUCUCGACGAGUUGUUUCCUUGUCAAGAAGUUCGCCUAGAACCAAAAGGAGUUUUGUACCCUUACAGCUGGGUUUGGGAACCACAGGAGAUUAAGAAAGUUUGUGACUUCUCCAAAGAAAGCUCGAAUCCGGACGAAGAGUUAUGUCUAGCAAAGAUUCUCAAGAAAUAUCCAGAUGCCUAUUCAAUAACUUUUUGGACUCACUCAUGGAGUGCCAAAGGCUCACUAUGCGAAAAACGACCUUCGCUGUGUAAACCCUAAUAAACCCUAUAAUUCCACAAUACUCGGUUCUAAUUACUCAAAUGCUAUCUAUUGCAGUCCUGAUUGACAAUGCCAAGACUUUGUUGUUAUGAAUGAGCAAUAUGGACUGUUGGCUUUCCCUAGUUUGGAUUGGCUAGUUAUCCCAGUCACUUGAAAAUUUGCUCUCGGUAUAGCGCCAACAUUACUUUUAGGAAUAUUUCAAUAGAGACAGAACAGUGGGGUUUAAUUUGGUCUGGUGAGUACCAGUAAUAUCUUCGUGCUUCUUGCCAAAAUAGUCUUUCAAAUUUUAUACCUUUCUAUUGUAAAACUUGAACAACUUGAAUAUCUUCAAAAGGGCAUACCCUGGCAGAAUGUGCCUGUCACUAGAAGAAACUAAAAUUCUCAUCAAGGAAAUCAAUACCUCAAUUUCUUCUGCAGCGCUUAGCCGUGGUUUACAUUUCUCUAAGAGGUUAUUAUUGCCAAAUAACAUCGAUCUCAGCUUAUAUUUCUCACGAUUCAAAACAGAGUAUUCAACUGGGACCCAGUUAUUCGAUGUUAUCUUAGACCUAAAAUAAUAGGGUUUUCGAACUUUGUAAACAUCUCGAAUAGUUGUGCACAAUUCCAAAGCAGUAUCACUUCAAGCUGUUUUGGCUCAUAUAGAGACAGAACAGGAAACAACGAUUCUAAAGUUUAGUCACCCU